GGCCGCUGGGGGAGCAACACCGCACGGGACGGCUAAAAAAGUCAAACGGGUUAACUUGGAUACGCACGCGGCGGUGUUUUGAUAGAAAAAAAACGACCCAACUGCUCACCGAUUUGACUUUGUGUUUCCCGGGAAGCAUUUACUUGAUAUGGGAUUUGUUUCGAGAAGUACACACGCGUGCAGUUGAAGGAUUUAACUCCAGUAUGCGGCAGUUCUGAAACAAAGAGCUCUGGAGCGCCCUUGUCUCAGUGGAUUGGGGGCCUUUCUGGAUGGGAAAGAUGGAAUCGGAGGGCCAGUGGUGGAAAACCCAGCUCGCAGCGGACAUCCAUCAGGCAUUGCGAAUUAAGGAGCUGAAGUUGCCUACGUACCAAGCCCAUUCGCCACAGAUUGGAAUGCGGCGGUACUUUGCUGACCUGCUCGCUGUUCUCAGUAACCGGUACCAGCUGUGCCCUACGGCGCGUCACCUGGCCGUCUACCUGCUGGACCUCUUCAUGGAUCACUAUGAUGUAGCCGUGCGGCAACUGUACGUCAUCGCCCUCUCCUGCCUCCUGCUGGCCAGUAAGUUUGAGGAGAAGGAAGACCGUGUGCCCAAACUGGAGCAGCUGAACACGUUAGGCUUCAUGUGCAGUCUGAACCUCACGCUCAACAAGCGGGACCUCAUCAAAAUGGAGCUGCUGCUGCUGGAGACGUUCGGCUGGAACCUGUGCAUGCCCACACCUGCCCACUUCAUCGACUACUACCUCCAUGCUGCUGUCCAGGAGGGAGACCUGCACAACGGCUGGCCCCUCUCCUCGCUGUCCAAGACCAAAGCCUUCAUGGACAAGUACACGCACUACUUCCUCGAGGUUUCCUUGCAAGAUCAUGCCUUCCUGAGCUUCAGGCCUUCUCAGGUGGCAGCUGCUUGCAUUGCUGCGUCCAGAAUCUGCCUGCAGAUCUCCCCCAGCUGGACCACUGUCCUCCACCUGCUCACGGGCUACUCCUGGGAUCAUCUGACGCAGUGCAUCCAGCUCAUGUUACUUGCUCACGACAACGACGUAAAAGAAGCCAACAAAUCCAAAUCUUCCCCUUCAGCCGGCCAGAGCCUCCAGCCGCAAGCUCACGUCCCCCCGAGCACUGCCGCCCCCUCUCUGCACAGGCAGCCCACCUCCAGCUCCCAGCAGCUGCUCCUCCAGGCCAGCAGCUACCCGCAGCUCUCCCAGCACUCGCCGGCAUUAUCCCAGCUGCACAUGCUGGCCGACUGCCAGGCCCUGGGACCGGUGGGCUCUCGGGAAUAUCUGCAGCCCCAUCAAGCCGGCUUGCUUUCAGCCUCAAUGCCGGCUAGCUCGUUUGCAUCAUUCCCCAGUUUGGCAUCAGGGUUGCGAGGCUUGCCUCUCCAGGGUCCUCUCUCUAUGCAAGUUAGCAUGGCACCCGAGCGCCACUGCCUCGGUUUGACUUACGGGAGCGGUUACUUAAGUUCACACCACAGCUUCACAGCCAGUUGCUUCGACAGGUGACGCCAGGAGCGGGAGGACAAACUUAACCUGGGGCUGCCACCGUCCUCCAACCUCUCCGCCUCAGCUGUCUCAGAGGGGCUUCGUCCAGGACGCCGACGAAGACUUUCUAAACAGAAGAACAACAGUCGAGUGGAUCCCACUGAAGUGAUAGUAUUAACUUAACUGACAUUUGAACUUGGUUUUGAUGCUUCCUUUUGGGGUUUUUAAUGAACUCUGGGGUUGUCUAUUUUUUAAGACUAUUUAGCCAAGUGAGGACCUUCUUCCAGUGCUGUGCCACAAAUUGGACUGUUACUGCUUUUCCACAAGAGCUGGAGCCCAUGCUCUGGCAGAGGCUGCGCUUAUCCUGGUUCCCAAUUGAAACCUUGCUGCUCUUGAAUGAGGGAACAUGUGAGGUCAGUCGGGGAGAGUGGGUUUUGCACCCUUUUAGUGGCCAAACAAUGUGAUUUUAAUAGAACACUAGCAUAUAUAGGGUUCCUUUAACUCGUAUUCGAAGUCCACUAGAGUUAAACAGUUGAGGAUCAAACCAUUAUUUUCAAUCUAUUCAGCCAAUCUCUGGGUCUGGUGGGAACACAUUUAGCUUGGCAUAAGUCAUGGACUCAGAUAAAUUAUUAGCAUCUGGCUUAAUUUCCAAAAAAGAGUUUCAAAAAGUGUCCCAUUUAAAGCAGGGCUAUUCUUUAGUCAAAUUGCAUACCAAGACUGAAGUUGCAAGUCAUAAGUUUAUUGUGUCUAAUGCAGCCAUGGUAUUGCAACAAAUUUCCUAGAUCAGGGGUGUCCUGGAGGGCCAGUGUCCUGCAUAUUUUAGUUCCAACCCCAAUUAAACACCUAAACUAGCUAAUCAAGCUCUUUUUAGGUAUACUAGAAAAAACAGGGAGGUCUUUUGAAGGAAGUUGGAGCUAAACUAUCCUGGACACUGGCCCUCCAAGACCAAGUUUGGACACCCCUGCCCUAGAUGAUUAAACCCGAGAGUAUAAUUUCUAGGCUACCUAGAAAAUAGCUGAUGGUCUAAUCUUAAUUAGUUAUGCUGAGCUAAGCUAAAAGUGCUCCCGUCAGACCCAGAGAUCAGCUGAAUGGAUACAGAAAUGGUUAAACUAAGCCUUCAAGCGUGCGAGCUGAACCCUCUCUCCACCUUGAGACAUCUUAGGUUCUCAUUUUGUGGCCAGUGAUCCUGCUCCCAGAUUGGCCCCAGAACCAUUAUUUCUCUCAAACAAGGGAACUUGUUAUGGUGAGAGGGGGGUUUGCUUCCCCUGUUGGUGCCUGUGAUGUUAGGAUAGUGGGUUUCUCUCUACUUUAAUUUAAAAAGCAAGUCGUUUCAGAGCAAAGAAUUGAAGCUCGCUCUCCGCAUAUUGAAGUCACUAGUUUCCUUUGUUUGAAGGCCUCUUGAAACAAAACUCUGAGCCGCAAACAUUGGUUCUGGACAGCUCUCCUGAAACCUUACUGUUCUCAAACAAGGACAUCUGUGAUGUCAGUUGAUGAAAAAUCCGUUUUACUUUCUGUAAGUGGAAGCCCAAGUUGGUUCUGGGUGAGGAAGCUGAAUAUACUCUCCAUCUACCUGAGAUUUCAGUUAGAUUUCAGGGGCCAGUCUAGAACAAGGGUCUUAAACUAUUAGAAUUUGCACAGCCUGGUUUCAAUUUGGACACCGGUCCAGAACUGGUGGAAAAGCGGCAUCAAUUGACCUCAACAAAAGAGAAAAGAUUAUUUGAGAAUCUUUUUUUUUAGCGUUCAGCCUUAAGAAAUCAUGAAGAUCCGCAUUCCAUCCCACCAGCAUUUUACAACAAGUCCUUGAAGUUUCACACUGGAUUUGCUGUAGGGUCCUUUAAUGCUGCUGCCUUUUAAAUGAACUGAUGGCUUUAUGACCAAGAAUCCUGUCUCCCUUCUGGUCUUGUUUACAGUGACAUGCCACAUAUCAGGGAUGUACAGAUGUCUUUACUAUGUUCACACAACAUACCAUUGAACCAGCUGAUGUUUGUAUGAAGUCGCUCCUUUUGUUUUUGUCUUCACGUCUUGCCGCAUCGGUUCAAAACCGAUUUGCUGUCUGUAGAGAAGGUCGACGUUAUGCUGAGGUUUCAUUUCCCGCAGGCAGAUGGAGGGAGAAGCCCCGGGGGACUGAGGCAUCUGUGCGCCCCUCCUUUCCAUGCUUUACUAGUUCCUCCUCCCCACAGGGAAAAGUAGCCAUGAUCGCUCUGCUAGGUUCGGCCGUGUGCUACGAAGAUGAAUUCAUCAUGCCGUACCUCUUCCCAUCAAACACUGUGGCUCGUAAAGAAUACCUCACUCUCACACUGUCAUUCACAUUUACCUCCAAGGUCAUGCUAGUAACUAGUUUAGCCUCACUGCUAUGUGGUUGCACCAUUCCCACGUGCUUGUAGCGUCAUACCUAUAGUUCCAGAUUCAAGUCCCGUUUUCUCAUUUCCGUUAAUCAAACAGGAUAUUUUUAAGCAACAUUCAGUCCAAAAUAUUUUAUUAUUGUAAACUAAAGAUAAGAUUUAACCAAACAAGCUUACUUUCCUUUUCUUAUUGUCCUUAUUUUCAGAAGGUUCUUAGACUACACAAUUAAUUCUUUUGUUGACUGGCCUUAAGACCAAAGUGUCUGCUUUACGUCCUGCUGAAUGACAAGCUUUUUUUCAACCACUUUACUGGGCUUUGGAUCAAAAUCUUUCUCCUAUAGUCCUGAACUUUGAACUACCUCAAUGUACUGCCAUUUAUGUGCUGUUUCUGCAGGGCUCGUCGUCAUACGUUUGGUCAGAUCUUUCAAGUGCUUCUUUGUAUUUUUUGAUCCAGAACUUAGUUUCCUUUGUGUCCAGAGUUUUGUAUAGGUAGAGAACUGUGUUCACUGUAACAGACACGCACUGUUUGAUAUUUCAAGUCUCUUUCUUGUUGAAGCCUCUGUGUGUGCAAUAUGUAAUCAUUAGUUGUUACUUUUUCAUUUUGUACCACUACUUUUUUAUAACCUAGUUAUUAGUUGUUGUUUUUUUGUUUGUUUGGUUUGUUUCAGCAUUCUAUUACUGCUUACAGGCAGUGAUUAUUUUUCAACCAAGAAAAUGUUGCACAUUGCAACCAAUGUCUCCUGAAUCUCUGGACCUUAAUAGACUAGAGAACAUUGUUCUGCUCAUUCAGUGAUCUAAUGGGUUUAUUUAAAAGCCUGUGCUGGGCAGGGAAUGAAAUAGCAGGUGUAAAUUGGAUGAAGACCUCAGAAAUAAAAUGGAAAAAAGGA